GGGGUCAGCUUUGUGCAGAGGCCUCCCUUGGUAAACUGAUAACAAGGAAUAUUUCGGAUCCCUGACGGAAUUCCUUGUCUGCAUUGUCUCAGGUGAGCACUGGGCUGGCAAGCCCUGUUGGAAGCCAUGUGGGGGGCUGGGAGCAAGGGUCUCUGACGUGCGCCUCCCUAGCCUCGGGACUCGGGCGACCACAGCCCCUCUGGCAGGUGCUGGCUUCCUAGUGGGCGAGUGAGAAACCAGAGGCCCUGCUCUGCAUGUGGGCACAAAGCCUCAGGGGCCUCAUGUUCUAGCACAGGACUUCCCCGUGGACGGGCAGUGUCUCAUCACCUGUUUCCCUCCACAGCAUGAGGGGCGUGAUGCUGAUGUGGGCGUUGCUCGCCCUGGCUGGCCUGCAGAUGGCCAGCUGUCUGAAGAUUGCGGCCUUCAACAUCCGGACCUUUGGGGAGACCAAGAUGUCCAACGCCACGCUCGUCAGCUACAUUGUGCAGAUCGUGAGCCGCUACGACAUCGCCCUCAUCCAGGAGGUCCGAGACAGCCACCUGACAGCUGUGGGGAAACUGCUGGACAAUCUCAACAAGAAUGCAGCAGACACCUAUCGCUACGUGGUCAGUGAUCCCCUGGGGCGCAGCACCUAUAAGGAACGCUACCUCUUCGUAUACAGGCCUGACCAGGUGUCUGUCCUAGACAGCUACUACUACGACGACGGCUGUGAGUCUUGCGGGACCGAUACCUUCAGCCGGGAGCCAGCCAUUGUCAAGUUCUCCUCCCCAAACACAAAGGUCAAGCAGUUCGCCGUUGUGCCCCUGCACGCAGCCCCCGAGGAUGCGGUGGCUGAGAUUGACGCGCUCUAUGACGUCUACCUCGAUGUGCAGAAGAAGUGGGGGCUCCAGGACGUCAUGCUCAUGGGUGACUUCAACGCAGACUGCAGCUACGUCACCUCCUCCCAGUGGUCCUCCAUCCGCCUGCGCACCAACUCUGCCUUCCAGUGGCUGAUUCCUGACUCUGCAGACACCACCGCCACCUCCACCAACUGUGCCUAUGACAGAAUCGUGGUCACAGGAACUCAGCUCCAAGGUGCUGUUGUUCCCAACUCGGCUGCUCCCUUCAACUUCCAGACUGCUUACGGACUGAGCAGCCAACUGGCCCAGGCCAUCAGUGACCACUACCCUGUGGAGGUGACUCUUGCCUGAGGCCCUCAAGACUGGACCUGCACAGAAGGGGGACCGGGAGAGGGACAAACACUUUUAAUUAAGGGUAAUAAAGAGGGUGGUGAGUGCCA